AUGGAGCAACACUCAACGCGCUGGGUCAUAGAGUACGCCUGGGCUCACAACAUGAUUGGUGUCUUCCAAGAUGUUUCUGAUCUACAUUGGCCAGACUUGGACUCCGGGCCUUUGAGCCUAGAUGAGUCUUGGCAUGUCCGUGUUACGUCUGCAAAAGUCUACAGUAUCGUCAAGAGGAGACAAAUUCAUCACUAUGACAUAGUACUGAGCUUUAUGGAGCACAUUCACAGCCUUUUGCCCACUCUGGUGCCUGCCAUCAAACAUAUGAAGAUUGUAUUUGGCCUCAAAACCAUGGUAAUUAUGUGGAUGCUAAAGGAAGGCACUGGACUUAUUGGUGUUGUGCAGAAAAUAUUGAACUAUUUUCCCUCUAAACUACCUCAGUAUGAAGAUCAAUGUAGGAAGCAUGAGAUGUUUCUCAUGAGAAAAAAUCAACUUGACUUCAGGACAUUUGCUGAGUCUCUGGUUAUGGACAAACAAAAGCUUGAAGACUUUCUCCAGAAUCAUGUGGAGGAACAGUAUGGGGACCAUUAUGCACAAAGGACUGAGGACAGAUUACUUCACUAUCUUCGUGAACUGGACAAAGCAUUACCAAAAUCUACCUACAUUGACAUGAUCAUGAAGAAAAGCUCCCCUAUAAAAGAAUGGGAGAAAUUUCUGUUGGAUAUAAUCGCUGGAGACUCCACCACCACCGCCUCAAGUCUGAAAACACUUCUCCGUUCUGGUGCUGCAUGUUGUGAUUCAUUCAGAAAGUCGCACAUGGGAAGUCCUGCAGAAGAGACGUCAUUACAGCUUGAUUCUGAAGCCGCUGACACAAGAACAAUUGACAUCAAAGUACCAAGAAAGAAGCUUGCUUUAGCUUUACAGACGGACCAAAGUACACGUGUCAGUGCCACCGAGGCAGACGACACUGAAAACAGUUGCUUAGGGAAUUGUUCAACCAGACUAUCAGCUCACUUCUGCUCCAAACACCAGCGCUGGGUCUCAAACAUCCUGAGCGAAUGUCCAGGGGAGUUGUCCGAGGAGCGGCAGCGUAAGAACAGCGAGAUCUCCCCUUCGCUGUUCACGUCCACCCCUUCCUCCUCAGAUCUCACUCCCUCCAACCUCACUAUCUCCCCGGAGCAAGAAGUAGUAGAGGAUCCAGACACACAAGAAAAUCAUGUUUCUGAACCGACAGACAUUGACCCUCCUUUGUCUUCCGCACCACCUGCAGCUCAUUCCUUUGUACUCGGGGGCCGUGCUCUUAAAGUUGUCAUCGUCCCAUGCGAGUCCGUAACUCCCGUCACUUCAAAACAUCAGAUAACAAUGGAAAACAAGUCUUACUUGGUGAAGAUGAGUGAGAAUGGAGUGCUGCUAAAGAACAAGAUGAAUGGAAGUGGUCUGAAAGGGAAAGCUCUGACCAGGAAUGGUCUGCACCACGUCCAAGUGAACGGAAGUCUGUAUCCCGCCAAAGUCAAGAGCCGUAGACAGUGCUGGGAGGUGAAGCCCUCGGACAUGGCUCAGAACACUCUGAAUCCAAUCAGGGCCAUCGUGGACGGCAUGAAGCUCAACCCCAAUCCUGAGAAACCCAUGAUCGCCCUCUCCAUCGGAGACCCGACAGUUUUUGGGAACCUGCCAACAGACAAAGUCGUUCUGCAGGCCAUGAAAGAUGCCAUUGACUCUCAGAAGUUUAAUGGCUAUGCUCCAUCAGUUGGUUACCUACAGAGUAGACAGGCUGUUGCUAACUUCUACAGCUCUCCUGAAGCACCGCUGGACGCACAAGACGUGAUCCUGACCAGCGGCUGCAGCCAAGCCAUUGACCUGGCUAUCAGUGUGCUGUGUAACCCUGGGGACAACAUCCUGGUGCCCUGCCCAGGCUUCUCUCUCUACAAAACUCUGGCUGUCUCCAUGGGCAUUGAGGUCAAACUUUACAAUCUACUGCCUGAGAAGGCUUGGGAGGUGGACCUGCAGCAUCUAGAGAGCCUGAUUGAUGAGAACACCUCAUGCAUCAUUGUUACUAACCCUUCAAACCCCUGCGGCUCGGUCUUCACCAAAGAGCAUCUAGAGAAGAUUCUCAAAGUGGCCUCAAGACACUGUGUUCCCAUCCUGGCAGAUGAGAUCUACAGUGAUAUGGUGUUCCCAGGUUGCAGCUCCCCUUCCAUGGCCUCUCUCAGUGCUGACGUGCCCAUCCUGGCCUGUGGGGGUCUGGCUAAACGCUGGCUUGUCCCGGGAUGGCGUCUAGGCUGGAUCUUAAUCCAUGACCGCAACAAUAUAUUUGGGUCUGAGAUACGGCAGGGCUUGGUGAAGUUGAGUCAGAGGAUUCUUGGAGCCUGUACUAUUGUCCAGGGCGCUUUAGAGAGCAUUCUCAACAAUACUCCGCCGAGCUUUUACAGUAGCACCGUCAGCUUCCUGCAGUCAAAUUCAGAGAUAUGUUUCAAUGAGCUGUCGGCCGUCCCAGGCCUGACCCCCAUCAUGCCCUCUGGAGCCAUGUACAUAAUGGUGGGCAUCGACAUGGAAAACUUUCCUGAUUUUAAAAACGACGUGGACUUUACAGAGCGACUGGUGACAGAGCAGUCGGUGUUCUGCCUUCCUGCAUCAGCUUUUGAGUACCCAAACUACUUCCGGAUUGUGGUGACUGUUCCAGAGGAGCAGAUGGUGGAGGCGUGUGGACGGAUUCGAGAGUUCUGUCUGACUCACUAUAGACCCAGGAGUCGGGACAGCAAUGAUCUGGACCAGUGA